UUGCGUAUUAGACCCAAGCUCAACUCAAGGAACUAGUGUCCAGUGCCGUGUCGUGUGUUCUUUGCGGCGCCCCUAAAAAACGCAAAGCUUUACGCCUGAGUUGGCCCAGCUCGCGUUGUCAGCAGCCAGUAGCCUGUCAGUUAUGUAUAGACUAAGUAAUUGCACAUUGCUGCUAAUCGCAGCAUCCUGUUACCUGGUAUAUUCCAGCCAAGCCAAAGCUUUGCAGGGCACAAACAAACUGGAUUUACCAAAUCGCAUCAGCGGCAUCAGCGUCGACUCUGCCAAUGCCGCAUCUGCGGCGGAAGCACGCCACAAGCGCGCAAUGGGUGAAUACAAAGAGCUAAACGACAUCAUUGACGAGCUGGAGGAGAACAAUUUGGGGCAAAAGCCGAGCGGGGCAGCGCCGCCAGCCCAGACGCAGGAAUUUGACCUGGAUAACAUGCCGCCGUUGGCCUACUACCUGCUGUUGCAAAAGCUUCGUCAGCUGCAAAGCAGUAGCGAGCCAACGUAUCGCGUGCGGACGCCACGCCUUGGACGCAGCAUUGACUUUCAGCAACUAUUGGAGAGCCGGGCGGGCAGCGAGGAGGCAACUGGCGGGCAUUUUGUGUCGCGCAUGAUGAAGAAAUCGGUGCCGUUCAAGCCACGCCUGGGCAAACGUGCUCAAGUGUGCGGCGGCGGGGAUUAAGCCAUGGCAGUAGCAGUAACAGUAUCAUCAACGCAACUAGGACAAACGGCAAGGACGAAAGCUUGAGCAAGGUUGAGGCCAGCCGUUGGCGCAUUGCCAGCUCCCCUUAAACUACUCAUGUAACGCCCCAAAAAUCGACGAAAACAAAUAAUCUACUUAUCUUAUAAUAUUAUAUUUGUAUAGCUAGGCCCAAGUUUUGAGAAGAAUUCAUAUAUACGACAAACUAUACGUUUAAAUAAAUUGCAGACCCUUGAAAACUUUAAUU